UAGACAAGUGUAAAUAUGAUCCGUCGAAAAUGAAUGAUUUAUUAAAAAUGGUUUUUAUUCUGGAUUCUCUGAGUUGUUUCUUGGUAGGCUCUGUGUCAGUCAUACUAUCGGAACCAGUUCUCACUUAUGACAAACAACCUUUUGUGGGAGAGCGCAUUCAUUUUAAUUGUUACUCAAGAUAUAUAGGUGUUCCGUCUAAUUUGUCUCCAAAAAUUGAAUAUACAUUUAACUACAACUAUAGACACUCCAUGGCCUCUUUCCUUGAUAUCACCCAUUCCGAAAAGGGGAAAGAUGUGUCCUGCCAAGCCUCCAAUCAAGUUGGAGAUUUAUCAACCAUCAGCAACGUCAUUACUCUUGAUCCAUACUAUGGACCUGAAGACAUUAAAAUAAUACCUGCAGGUAGUGUUUACAAUGUUACUGAAGGUGAAACAGUCUCGCUUGUCUGCUCAGCAAAAUGUUAUCCUGGAUGCAAUUAUGUAUGGAAAUACAACACUGAUAUAUUCAGACAGUACAGAACAGGCAGCAUUCUUACAAUACAACAUGUUAAUCGGUCACAUGCUGGAGAAUAUAGAUGCCGUGCUGAUCACAUCAAUAACUCUCAAAGAUUCCAAAGAAUCGACAGAAUCAUCAAUGUCCAGUGUCGACCAGCAAAACAAGUGACAGUUUUGAAUGGUGAAAUAUUCACAAAACUCAAUAAGAAAGAGGUUGUCGAAAUUUCUAUUGAAUCUGAUCUGGGACCAAACAUUACGUGGAUCGACGAUACUGGUUAUAAAUGGGAGAGUACUACGGGGAUGGACAAUUUUAAAUUCAACUACACGUCAUUUUUAAUGGCAGAGAAUUUAUCAGACUUUGGCACAUAUGGAGUACAGAUCUGCAACAACAAUUGUUGUAUAAUAGAAUUUAUUCACUUAAAACAAAUAAUCAGUCCAGAUAGCUUUGAAAUUUUAACUUAUAUGGCUCCUACAGGUAUAGCAGCUGGGCUUUGUGUACUCAUUCUAGUUACCGGUUUGUUGUGUAACAGGAAAAGGCAUGUUAGUCAGAGAACCAUCAAACUGGCACCUAAUGUCGAAGACAAACCGAAACCAAGUGUCCACAGUGAUGAAGCUGACGAACCUUACUACGAAAAUAAAAAUACAUUAAAAGUAAAUGACCACUCUGUGGUAAAAGAUAAUUCAUACGAAAAUUACGAACAUUUAACGGAAGACAUGAAUUACCAUAACGAGGGGGAAUACACUAAUUUAGGACAAAAAUAAACAUCAAAGAAGAAGAAAAUGGAAUGAAAAAUUGAUCAACAUUUCAGAGUUGGAACCUAACUUUUUAUAGGAACAACUUUUGCAUAAAUAAGUGAUGAAAACACAUGAUUUUUAUCAAGUUAUAUCGGUUUUAUCAUCACGUUUAAAGGGUCUGUUUUAACAACACACAACACGUGUAGACCUAUUACACUUGUUAGAGCAAUGCAUACAGAUUGUCGUAUGUACCACAUGUCACUUCAGGAAAACUUUUUUUGUCUUUCUGAUCAUUUCUGUCUAUUGAAAAUGUCGCUAUCUGCCAACUGCACAUUCUGAAUUAGCAUUACAAACUGCAAUUCGCAUAAUAUUGCAAGUUCUGUUCUCAAAGUCAGAUUUUGCUUUGCUAGCCAAAUGCGUAGUGUAGAAUCUUCAUGGAUAUGUAAAUUUUUUCUUUUGAAUCAAAUAAAUUGUUUAAAGUAUUUCAUGGUUCAAUUGUACACUAAUGUAAAUUCAAAGAAAUAUAGGGUGAUUAUUAAAAGAAUCGAUAACGGUUUUUUCUCCGUAAAUUUCACGACACAGCGUCUGUAACAUCUUUACUUCGAUAAGAUUUUAUAUGAUAUUAUGAUUAUUUAUAAAGUAAUUAUAGAAAAAUAGAAAUGUAUUAAAAUGACUAUGUAUAAAAUAAAAUAAGUUUUACUGUAUAUUCUCCCUGGA